UCUGUUCUUUUUGUUUUCUGUGCCAGACUUCUUUUUAUGAUACUAGAUGUUACAACCAUCGGGAUCCAAUGUCUUUACAAAGGCCGAUUCAACCGAAACCUGAUUGAAAAUUAAUGUUGAUAGUUUGUUUUAAAUGACUGAAUAAUAUAAAUAUUCUCGAGACUGCAUCUUUAAUUUGUCGUAUAGAUUUACACCAGAAUACGUGACACCGGAAUUGUCGCCAUAGUGGAAUUCUUACCAGCGGCACUCCUAACUUAUUAUUUAAGAAAAAUAGUACUGAACUAUAGAACUGAAAAAUAGUCAUAUUUUAUACAAGCUUGGCAUAUAACAUUUAAAAAAAAUUAAAUUAAAUAACAAUUUAUGCAUUUGCUCGCGCAAGAGUGGUUCUCUGGAGUUUUCUGUGCCUAGGCUAGAGUGAUUACUUCCGGGUUAAUUGGUCGCGAUGAUUAAUCUGCUUUGAUUUGGUAGAAAGUAGUGGAGAAAAACAUCGAUUUUGGCAACCCCAAACAUUGAGGGGGGUCGGCUCUUUCAGGGAAGGGAGGGUGCAGAAUGUCCCGGAAUCAAGAUUCUGGGGGUCACAGCCAGAGCUACAAAUUGGUGGUUGUAGGGGGCGGUGGUGUCGGAAAAAGUGCCUUAACUAUCCAGUUUAUUCAGUCCUACUUUGUCACUGACUAUGAUCCAACUAUUGAAGACUCCUACACAAAACAAUGUGUAAUAGAUGAUAUUGUUGCCAGAUUGGAUAUUUUGGACACAGCUGGUCAGGAAGAAUUCAGUGCUAUGAGAGAACAAUACAUGAGAUCAGGAGAAGGUUUUCUACUGGCUUACUCGGUAACAGAUCAAAGCAGUUUUGAUGAAAUUUACAAAUUCCACCGACAGAUUUUACGGGUGAAGGAUAGAGAUGAGUUUCCUAUGGUGUUAGUGGCCAACAAAUCUGACCUGGAACACCAGAGAGUGGUUAAUCAGGAAGCUGGUCUGGAACUGGCAAGACGAUUAAAAAUAAAACUGGUAGAAGCAAGUGCCAAAAACAAAACAAAUGUAGAUCAGGCCUUCUAUGAAUUGGUUCGAAUAAUAAGAAAAUUUCAGCUAGAAGAGAGACCGCCAGUGAAAGCGAGUCCGAAGAAGCAGAAAUUGCGAUGUCUGAUUCUGUGAUAGAAGCCAAUAAUGUUGUCACAAUGCAGCUACACCAGAUCCAAGGGCGCUUUCAAAAAACUCUUCUCCAACAUGCCACAUGGAACAAGUAUUGUGCACCUCUGUGCAGUUAGCUUCUGUUGGAAUGUCUUUGUAUAAUCUGGUACUGUCAGGUUAUCUCCCUUUGUUUGUGAGAGCCAAUUCCUGCUUAUGUUCCAUGGUCCACAGGGGGCAAUUUUCAGUAUCAUAGUUUGUCAUACAUUACUCAGUUUGUUCGCUUUGACAAUUAAUUUUUUUUUUAUAUCAUGGUUUCUUCCAUCAGUUUCUGUUUGUGACACAUUUUGACAAAAUUGAACAGCUAGAGAAAUAACUUGAUACACGGUUAAAUAAGGAAUGUUUAUGGUCAGAUUACUGCAUUAUUAUGCUACUAUAAUGUUUUAAAAGCUUUCUAUGCAUGUUAAAAUUGUUACUCCAUAUCAAUGACACACACACACACACAUGCAUGCACACACGCAUACACACACACACACACACAUACAUGCACACACACACACAUGCAUGCUUGCACAAAACUCCCACACAUACACCUGAUCAAGGUUACAGUAACAUAAAACGAAAUUGAUUUGGAAACUUUUGAAACCCUAUCUCAUUAGAAUUUAUUUUAUCUUGUGUGGAUGCUCUGUCUUAUAGUUUGUAUUUAUUUUGUUACCUACUCCUGUCUAGGUUUAAAUUUUAAACGGUUCUCAGAACACCUUGUUUAUAAUGCAUGUUCCAGUUGGACUGAAAUUCAGUCAUGCUUUAUGGGACGUUUGUAUUUGUUGUUUUUUGUUUUAUCCACUAGAUGAAGCUUGAUUCUUGCAGAGUAUAUACCCCUACCCCACCAAAUAUAUAUAAUACAUAAUAUAUAUUCCCACAACGCACAAAUUCAAAUCAGUUGUACAUAACAAGCAUUUGGAUUUAAUUCUACAAAUCCAUCAUACAUUAAAAAUAUACCAAACAGAGUUGUUUCCCAUGGCUACUCUUUUAUUUCUUGAAUAACUAAUGUCUUCCAAAAACGCUUCUACUGUAUUUAUUUUCUGGACUAUGAAUUUGAUGUCUUUAUUAAGUUUUUUUGGUUUAUGAUACAUUCACAUGCUUAAAUUAUGUUGGCACACUGAAUACUAAACUUAUAAGCUUAUCACAUUUAUUAUUAGAAACCUAAAAAUCCACUGUUACAUUAGUUACAGAUACUUCCUCAUUAAAACAUCAUAUCCAAUUAAAUGUGUAUAAAAUUACUAAAAGUGGCUUUUAAUUAAGAUGGCCUUCUUAUACAGGUCCAGACUUAAUUCAAUCGAAUUUUUAGUAAUAUAUUUUACUCUAAAGCUACUAGUAAGCAAGUGUCAACAUCAGUCUUAAUAUACAUCUUAUACAAGAGAAAAUACACAAUAUAAUUGUUUUGUUAUUUUCUGUCAAUGGACUGGGCCAACAGCCUUAAAUAAAGCGCAUAAGUAAACAUAGUUGCCUAUAUACAGCAGUUGAAUUCAUCUUUUUUUCCCCCAUUAUUGUUACCCCACCCAAUCCCAUUUUAACUUGAUUUUCAUGCUUCUAUCCAGUGGUGGUUCAAGUAUGCUGUCCUGGGCUCACCUCGGCUCUCUGGAAUGUCUGUUCAGAUUAGGGAUUACAGGAUAGUUGUUUGUGUAAGAGAGGUCAGUCUAAUGGCCUUACACCUCCAUUGAGCUAUUAAAAGUCACUCUGGUUGGGAGCCAGUACCGGGAUGUGAACCCUGUACCAGGUAACCUACCAGCCUUUAGGCUGAUGUCUUAACAGCACCAUCGAUGCUGGUAAUGAUUGUCACGUGCUGCGAAUAUGUAUUUUGUUCAUAUUUAACUGUCGAUGGUCAGACAUCUUGAAUAGCAGCCGUUGAUGUGUUAAGACUACUAUACUAGAUCAGCAACUGUGACAUGAUGACCAGGGCCUAUUCCAUGAAAUGUUGACAUCACCGUAAGUGAAUAAGUUAGUUAUCCACUUAAGGUGAUAUUAUAGCUAAGAUCGCUUUGUCAAAUUGGCCCCCUAUGCCUUGUUCCAUGAAGCACUGAGAUCACCUUAAGUAAAGUAGUUAAACACUUAAGGUAAUCUUAGUGCUAAGAACACUUCCUGAAACAAAGAGCCGGUCUAGAGAUUUAAUACAGGUAAUGAGAAGUAGUCUCUUAAAUGAUUAGGAGUUAAAACGACUCCUAUUGAGAUGUGCUUAACAUUAAAUCACUGUUGACAGUAACAAAUUAGUUAUGCUUAUAUAUUUUUAUUUUUAUCUUAUAUGGUAGCACACUUAGUACCUCACCUCUUGAUCAUAUAGCUCAACAGCAGCACAUGUAUCACUUUGUAUUUGGUGCCAUUUGAUCUCCACUUAAGAAGGGCAUUAUGCAAAAUGGCGGAAGUUUAAACAGAUGGGAACUAUAGCCACAUGUGUCCAGAUAAGGAAACUGAACUUAGUAUUUUUGGAUAAUAUUAAUAAAGAUACAUUUGAUCAAUUAAUUUGUUGCCCACUUAAAACAGCUUAAGCCAUUGCUUUUGGAUGAAAACAAAUUACAACUUGGCAAAUGUGUAAAUUUGGAAAUACCAUUUUAAAAUUCUGUAUUAUAUGGGAGUUGUGUUUCAAAAUUAAUAUUUUGUUUGGAAGUAACAAAAUUAAUACAAAUGUUGCAUUCCAUUAACCUUGCUGUGUAGUGCAAAUUUUACGCAUGUAAAUAUAUUAUUGUGUAAUAAACCCUGUGAAAUGGAGAUCACAUCUUGUGAUGGCAAAACUCUUUUUAAGUAAAAAUGAAAUGGUAGUGUAAAUAAAUAGAUUUGUUUAUCCUUAGAAGCAACCAUUGGUGGUAUGAUUGAUAUUUUAAAGUUGUUGACAGAUUUCUCAAGGUAUGUAUGUUUUCCACUCAUGGUUACUACAAGCACCAGGCGGACCAGAAACACAGGAUUUAGUCAAAUUUAUCAUUUAAUGUGCAAUUUAAUGAGGCAGAUAUUUACAGAGCUUAAAAAAAUAAGGUCAGCCCCUUUACGUUUUUGUUCCCUGCUGUAAACAGGGGCAAGAAAGACCCUCCAUAGCCAUUUGCCACUGGUAAAAUUAUUUACCAUAUUCCGUGGUUGUUAUGAUUUUAAUUACUAAUAUUGUGGAGACUAUGAUUAUAAUUUGAAUUGAAAUAAGGGUUCCCCCUACAGCAACUUCUGCUGAUUGUGGAUCAAGAUGAUGUAGCAAUGGCCUUCCGGCAGCAUGCAGAGUUGAGUAAAAUAUUGAUUUCAUCAUCAUUAGAACUGUUGCUCGGUAGUUUAAUAAAAUGAUUUAAUGUCCACAGCUUUUUCUUUAUUCCUAGAAGCAUACACUGGUGUAAGAUACUUAAUUAUUUCCUUGCGAUGAUUCUUUAACUUUGUACAGUGGAAGCAAUGAUUGACGUACGACAGGAUUGUGUAUGUGUGUUGUCUUGAUGCUCUUUUGGAAAUAGUUUAUAAACUGUAAAUGAAAUUAAUUCUGUAUGUUCAUUCACAGUAAACUUAUGAUAUUGUCAAAAACAUAUUAUGAAAACAUAUUUAUUUUUACUUCGGUACACGAGAAAAAUUUGUAUUUAUAUUUUAGAAAUAAUGUUUGUUUUGUUUAUCAGUUUUAAGAAAAUUAAGAUGCACAUUAUUUACUGUAUAUUUUAACAUUGUGUAUUUUAAAUGAACAGUAAUUAUUAAUUUUUAUCUUUGAGGUAAAUGAUAUAUUUUAUCUUUAUGUACAAUAUAGACAAUGAAUUAUGAAAAAUUGUUGAUUAAAAUAUCAUAUUGUUACUUUAUUCUGCUAUGGUUAUACAUGGUUGUCUGACCACAAGAUUAGCAUACAACCUGGUGAGAAAAGUAUCAAUGUGAAAUAUAAAAAUACCCAAUUCAUAUCCACUAUUUGACCGAAUAUAAUGCUGAUGUUUCACACCAGUCCAAAAACACAAAUCCACGUUUAAACGAGGUGAGACAAAAAUGAACCUAUUAACCAACAUUUUAUAAUGCUUGAUGCAAUUCAUUUGUGAUACUGGUCCAUUGUGGAAUCCAAAAAAAAAGAAGAGAAAAGAAAUUUUUUAUCUGCUUUAUAUGUGAUAGUGAUUGUGUUCAAACCCUGAAGGUAAUAUACUCUUGUUAAUUAAUGUAUUCCAAUUUUAUUGCUAAACUUUGGCAACCAGAAAUGGAAUUAAGCACUUUCAUUUAAACUAAUAACAAUCCUUUAAUCACCAUUUAUUUUUGGCGUUUGCAAACUGUACGGUUUUCAUAUAGUCAGCAGGUCUACAGCAGUAACCAUCAGAAUAACGACUGAUUCUUGCUUGCCCGGCCAUAGACAGCACUGAAUUAUGGCAAAGUGUCAUCAUUGAGAAUAAUGACCGAUUCUUGCUUGCCCCGCCAUAGACGGCACUGAAUUGUAGCAAAGUGUCCUCAUUGAGAAUAAUGACCGAUUCUUGCUUGCCCCGCCAUAGACGGCACUGAAUUGUGGCAAAGUGUCAUCAUUGAGAAUAAUGACCUAUUCUUGCUUGCCCCGCCAUAGACAGCACUGAAUUAUGGCAAAGUGUCAUCAUUGAGAAUAAUGACCGAUUCUUGCUUGCCCCGCCAUAGACAGCACUGAGUUGUAUCUAAGUGUCCUCAUUGAGAAUAAUGACCGAUUCUUGCUUGCCCCACCAUAGACAGCACUGAGUUGUGUCAAAUUGUCCUCAUUGAGAAUAAUGACCGAUUCUUGCUUGCCCCGCCAUAGACAGCACUGAAUUAUGGCAAAGUGUCAUCAUUGAGAUUAAUAACCGAUUCUUGCUUGCCCCACCAUAGACAGCACUGAAUUAUGGCAAAGUGUCGUCAUUGAGAAUAAUGACCUAUUCUUGCUUGCCCCGCCAUAGACAGCACUGAAUUAUGGCAAAGUGUCGUCUUUGAGAAUAAUGACCGAUUCUUGCUUGCCCCGCCAUAGACAGCACUGAGUUGUAUCUAAGUGUCCUCAUUGAGAAUAAUGACCGAUUCUUGCUUGCCCCGCCAUAGACAGCACUGAGUUGUGUCAAAUUGUCGUCAUUGAGAAUAAUGACCGAUUCUUGCUUGCUCCUCCAUAGACAGCACUGAAUUAUGGCAGUGUCCUCAUUGAGAAUAAUGACCAAUUCUUGCUUGCUCCUCCAUAGACAGCACUGAAUUAUGGCAGUGUCCUCAUUGAGAAUAAUGACCAAUUCUUGCUUACCCCGCCAUAGACAGCACUGAAUUAUGGCAGUGUCCUCAUUGAGAAUAAUGACCAAUUCUUGCUUACCCCGCCAUAGACAGCACUGAAUUAUGGCAGUGUCCUCAUUGAGAAUAAUGACCAAUUCUUGCUUGCUCCUCCAUAGACAGCACUGAAUUAUGGCAGUGUCCUCAUUGAGAAUAAUGACCAAUUCUUGCUUGCCCUGCCAUAGACAGCACUGAAUUAUGGCAGUGUCCUCAUUGAGAAUAAUGACCGAUUCUUGCUUGCUCCUCCAUAGACAGCACUGAAUUAUGGCAGUGUCCUCAUUGAGAAUAAUGACCGAUUCUUGCUUGCCCUGCCAUAGACAGCACUGAAUUAUGGCAGUGUCCUCAUUGAGAAUAAUGACCGAUUCUUGCUUACCCCGCCAUAGACAGCACUGAAUUAUGGCAGUGUCCUCAUUGAGAAUAAUGACCGAUUCUUGCUUGCUCCUCCAUAGACAGCACUGAAUUAUGGCAAAGUGUCCUCAUUGAGAAUAAUGACCAAUUCUUGCUUGCUCCUCCAUAGACAGCACUGAAUUAUGGCAAAGUGUCCUCAUUGAGAAUAAUGACCGAUUCUUGCUUGCCCCACCAUAGACAGCACUGAAUUAUGGCAAAGUGUCCUCAUUGAGAAUAAUGACCGAUUCUUGCUUACCCCGCCAUAGACAGCACUGAAUUAUGGCAGUGUCCUCAUUGAGAAUAAUGACCGAUUCUUGCUUGCUCCUCCAUAGACAGCACUGAAUUAUGGCAAAGUGUCCUCAUUGAGAAUAAUGACCAAUUCUUGCUUGCUCCUCCAUAGACAGCACUGAAUUAUGGCAAAGUGUCCUCAUUGAGAAUAAUGACCAAUUCUUGCUUGCUCCUCCAUAGACAGCACUGAAUUAUGGCAGUGUCCUCAUUGAGAAUAAUGACCAAUUCUUGCUUGCUCCUCCAUAGACAGCACUGAAUUGUAUCAAAGUGUCCUCAUUGAGAAUAAUGACCAAUUCUUGCUUGCCCUGCCAUAGACAGCACUGAAUUAUGGCAAAGUGUCCUCAUUGAGAAUAAUGACCGAUUCUUGCUUGCCCUGCCAUAGACAGCACUGAAUUGUGUCAAAUUGUCCUCAUUUCUACAAUGCAACUACAGUGAAACCUCUGUAAACUGGACCCUCUGUAAACCAGAAUUCCCUCAAAACUGGCCUUUUUCAGUCUGUUUUUAAAAAUCAGUACAGAACUUAAUCUCUCUAAACUGGAUACCUCUUAAAACCGGACGUUUUACUUGGUACCGAGGGUGUCCGUUUCAGAGGGGUUUCACUGUAUUACUGUAUCAACUAAUUUGACCAUCAUUAAAUGUUAACUUAAAUGUUCUUUUUCUGAGCCUUUUUGCCAUUUCCUAAUUGUCGUAAGAACCGAGAUGAAAUGCCAUUCCAUUAUAUAGUGGAGAAACAUAGGAGACCGACCAAACUUAUAAAAUAUAACUUUCACAUUAAACAUUAGCAAGGCAACAUCCAACUAAAUGGCAGUUGUUAUUGGUUUACAGGUAAAAACAAUGGCCACAGUGCUAUUUACAUACUGAAUUGUCCUGCAUACAAUCUGUGGUGUUUGGAAUUGUAUACCUGCUAUAUAUAUGUAAAUAUUUUCUAUUUAUGAUUAUGAUAAAUUGUCCAUUUUCAAAAAGUGUACACUACAUUUUAGAUCAAGCAAUAUUUGAAAUUUAAAAGAAAAUUUAGUUAUUUAAAUGUUUUCUUUUAGGAUUACAAUUGAUGGGGUGACUGUAACAAAUUCAAAUUUAACAUGGCUGUUCAUAAGUCAAGAGGUCAUUUUUGCAGAUGACUGAAUGUAUAGCUAAAUUAUAUUUUUUAAUUUCAUGUUACUCCAUACUAUUGUCAUGAAUAGUGCUACAUUUACUGUUAUAUACUUAUAACACUAAACUAGCCAUACUUUUAUCAUGUGCACUUGUACAGGCUUUCAUUUUUGAAAAACCAAUGGGUGAAAUUUUUUUUAGGAGAGGUUGGAGUUAAUAUCAUAUUCCUGAAAAUAUUGAUGAUUGAAUAACUCCUCAAUUUAAUCAAUAUUAAAAGGGGAAAUGCAGACGAUUAUCGCCUUUAAACUUAAUUACCUUACAUGUAAUGUUGUUUGUUUUGAAAACAAACUACGUUUUCUCAUUUCUCACUUAUAAGCAUGUGUAGUUCUAGUGACAGUUCAGGUUUUGUUUACAAACACCACCAGAGCACAUUGAUUUAUUAAUCAUCCGCUAUUGAAUAUCAAACAUUUGGUAAUUUUGACAUAUAGUCUUACAGAGGAAACCUGCUACAUUUUUCCCAUUAGUAGCAAGGGAUAUUUUAUAUUCACCAUCCCACAGACUUUUUGAUAUACCAGACCGACAGUGCAUCAAGCGAGUGCUUUAUCAAUAGACUACAUAGUUUAAUUUCUUAUAGCUAUAUUAGGCGUAUAUGAUUGCAAGGACAUUUCUGAAGACAAAUCAAUGUUUUGUAAUGAUGUCGUUAAACAAAACAAACUAACUUUUAUUGAAAUGGAGAUCUAAAAAAAAGAAAAAAAAGAAGAAGAAAAAUGUCUUAUUUGUUAAAAUAGGGGUGUAGUAUUUCAUACCCCUUGGAUUGAAUUGAUGGGUGCCCAAAAAUGAAAGUCUGCUUUUUGUGUACUGUACAAGAUGUCUCAAAAACUUACUGGUGAUUAUUAUACAUUACAGUGUACACUGUCAAAUAUAUCAGUUGCAAUACAGUGGUGGUGAGCUGGUUUGUUAUGGAAUUUAAGUUAUUUACAAAAUAUUUUCUGGAAAAGGGUUUGUUAGCAUCAUUAUAUCUACAUCUAUUUGUUUCUACGUACUAGUCAUAUGAUGUUUAUAUUUUACAUACUUUGUUUUAAUAUGGCCAUAUUAACUGUUAAAAUAAUAUUUUGCAUUGGUAACAUUAUUUUUGCAUUGGUAACACUGUUCCAUAAGUGGUGCAAGUAAGAUAAAAGAAGGAAGGUUGGUAGCUUGUAUAUUUUUAUAUAUUUCAAACCAAUAUAAAAUCACUUAACUUAAUAAAAUAACCAGUUUAUAGUGAA